CAUCGUCCGUUGUUGAAAGUAAUUGCCUCGAUUGGAUAAUGCGAAUAAAAAUUGAAAGCCCUUACAGGCAGAGAUAGAUGCCGAUAACCGAACGCACGUUUGCGUUUCACUAACCCAACUCCACGCUAUUUUCUUUUGCUUUUAGAGAGAAAGAAAGAAACUCUAGAUCGUCAAUUUUAUAGGUUUUCCUUUUUUCAGUGAGAAUUUUUCUGUAGGUUGUCGGUGCAGUCGUUUUGGUGGAGUGUCGUGUUUUUGAGAAAAUUUUAUUUGUUUAUUUUUGAGAAUAGAGCUAGGGUUUCAAUUGUAAUUGUUGUUCAUGGAGCCUCGUGUGGGGAAUAAAUUUCGGUUGGGUCGAAAAAUCGGCAGCGGCUCUUUUGGAGAGAUCUAUCUUGGUACUAAUAUUCAGACUAACGAAGAGGUCGCCAUUAAGCUCGAAAAUGUCAAGACAAAACAUCCACAGUUGUUGUAUGAAUCCAAAUUAUACAGAAUCCUGCAGGGAGGAACUGGGAUCCCAAAUGUGAGAUGGUUUGGUGUUGAGGGAGAGUAUAAUGUACUGGUGAUGGAUUUGCUUGGACCUAGUCUUGAAGAUCUAUUUAACUUCUGUAGUAGGAAACUCUCUUUGAAGACAGUUCUCAUGCUUGCAGAUCAGAUGAUUAAUCGUGUUGAGUUUGUUCAUUCAAAAUCAUUCCUACAUCGAGAUCUUAAGCCUGACAAUUUUCUUAUGGGCUUGGGAAGACGUGCUAAUCAGGUCUACAUCAUUGACUUUGGUCUGGCUAAGAAAUAUAGAGAUAGUUCAACCCAUCAACAUAUUCCUUACAGGGAGAAUAAAAACUUGACUGGUACUGCAAGAUAUGCCAGCAUGAACACUCAUCUUGGGAUUGAGCAAAGCCGAAGGGAUGAUCUGGAAUCUCUUGGUUAUGUCCUUAUGUACUUCUUGAGAGGAAGCCUUCCAUGGCAGGGAUUGAAAGCAGGAACUAAGAAACAGAAAUAUGAGAAAAUUAGUGAAAAGAAAGUUUCUACUUCCAUAGAGGCCUUGUGUCGGGGCUAUCCAACAGAAUUUGCUUCAUACUUCCAUUAUUGUCGUUCACUGCGAUUUGAUGAUAAGCCAGAUUAUGCUUAUCUUAAAAGAAUUUUCCGAGACCUGUUCAUUCGUGAAGGCUUCCAAUUUGAUUAUGUAUUUGACUGGACCAUUUUGAAGUAUCAGCAAUCACAGUUGGCUACACCACCAGCUCGUGCCCUUGUCCCUGGUGCUGGAACCAGUUCUGCAACACCACCUGUUAUAGCCAGUGCUGACAGACAAACAGGUGGGGAGGAUGGCCGACCAGCUGGUUUGUCUUCAAUGGAGUCCUCACGGCGGAGAGUGAUGUCAGGACCCAUUGUAAAUUCUGGAAAUUUUUCAAGGCAGAAGAGUCCAGUUGUAAAUGAAUCUGGAAAUGGUAAAGAUGCAAUGUUAUCAAGCUCCAAUUUUAUGGGACGAUCAAGUGGAUCCUCUAGGCGAGCUGCUGCUGUUUCUAGCAGUCGGGAUGCGUUUGCUGGAAGUGAGGCUGAUCAUCAACGCUCUCAUGCUACUGAGCGAAGCCCUGGAGCAGUGCACAGAAUUUCAAGUGCACAAAGAAUUUCUCCUGUUGGAUCUUCAGAUCCAAAGCGCACAUCAUCAGGGAGAAAUACGAGUCACAUUAAAAGUUAUGAAAGUACCCUCAAGGGCAUUGAGGGCUUGCAUUUUGAUGGUGAUGAGAGGGUUCAUUAUUAGAUGUUCACUACUGUGCAUUGUAAAUCAUGAAUUGGUUGAUAUGAUAUCAAACUUGCUGUAAAGUGUAGGUUAUUCUGGUGGAGUACUAAGUAAGGGAAAUCUGGGCUCGUAAUUGCACAGGCUAAGGGGAAGUUUAUGAUUUGGAAAAGAAAUUUCAAAUGCUGAUUUUUAAUGGCACAGAAUUGAGUAAAGGUCUUUGUCCAUAAAGCUUGGUGUAUUUUCACGGCUACUCCCUUUUUGGUUCUUCAUUUUAAGCUUUGAUUUUUAUGUCCGAAACUCACAAGUUUAUAACUUGUUGGCCCUGUAACUCAAUCUGGAGGGAAUUUGAGCCCUUUCAAGUCUACGUAAUAUAUGUGACAAGAUGCAGUGAUCA